AUGCCAUUCUCAUGGCCGUCGAUACCAAAUCCUAUUCCUCGCAGAGUUAGACGGAGGCUAAGGUCGAAAUUCCGUUCGAAUUUAUCUCCGGCUUCAUCGUUAGCUUCAGUUGAGACGUCCUUUAAUCCCAAAGAUACACUACGAGCUUUAAGAUCGCAUAGAUGGUCGGUUUAUGAUGGUCAAUAUUUAAUAUUGAUCAUUGUUGCGAUAUUCUCGCUUUCAAUCAGUCAAGCUCCUGGGCCUCUCAUGAAGACUGGAGCUGCGACUCUUUUGAUGCUUGCACUUCUGAUGCCCGUAACUAGGCAAUUCUUCUUACCAGUUCUCCCAAUCUUCACCUGGCUGGUUUUCUUCUUUAAUGCUCGAUUCAUCCCUGCCGAAUACCGACCACAUAUCUGGGUUAAAGUCCUACCUGCCCUCGAAAACAUCUUUUAUGGAGCAAAUAUUAGCAAUAUUCUGUCGGCACACCAGAAUGUAGCUCUCGAUGUCCUCGCAUGGUUACCUUACGGUAUUCUACAUUUUGGAGGUCCAUUUGUCUGGGCUGCUUUGAUGUUCCUCUUCGGUCCUCCUGGUACUGUGCCAGUUUUUGCACGAACAUUCGGCUACCUCAACAUUAUUGGAGUUGCGAUUCAACUUAUUUUCCCAUGUUCACCCCCGUGGUACGAGAAUUUGUAUGGUCUUGCCCCUGCGAACUAUGCUAUGGAAGGAUCGCCUGCAGGACUUGCACGAAUCGACUUGCUAUUUGGUCUCGAUAUGUAUACCACGAAUUUCACCGCAUCACCGCUAGUAUUUGGCGCUUUCCCAUCCUUACAUUCUGGUAAUGCAGUGUUGGAGGCACUUUUCAUGAGCCAUUGCUUCCCAAAACUACGACCAUUUGUUAUUGGAUAUGCUAUGUGGAUGUGGUGGGCAACAAUGUACCUAUCUCACCACUACGCCGUUGAUCUCGUGGCCGGUGGUUUCCUUGCCGCCAUUGCCUUUUACAUCUCCAAAACCAACUUUCUGCCAAGAAUCCAAUCUGACAAGAUGUUUCGCUGGGACUACGACUAUGUUGAGAGAGGCGACGCACCAACCGGUAUUUACGAAUACGGACUUGCAGUCCUCGAACAAGAUUUCCGUCACGACAGCGAUGAAUGGACCAUGGGAUCAUCUUCUUCGUUCUCUUCUGGAUCUAGAAGCCCAACUGAUGAGAAUGGAUCAGCAUGGGAAGGCGAUACCUUGGCAUCGCAAGCUUCAGACAGUGAGCUUAGUGAGGUUAUUGUUAAGUGA